AUGUGUGAACUAUUUCACAAGUUCAUGAUGGGGCUUCGUGACUUUGUAAAGGAUUAUUUUCUUGGUUUCUGGGAUUAUGAGACACCAAAGGUGAUGGUGGUUAAAAACAAAACUCUUGGAGUGAUAUACAGAGGCGUUCAGUUUCUUGUGAUCACCUAUUUCAUCUGGUUUGUCUUCAUAAGUGAGAAAGCCUACCAAGAGAGUGAAACCCGUCCAGAGAGCUCAGUUUACACACUAAUGAAAGGCACUGCAGUUCGUGGAGAUGAUAUCUUAGACACUGUGGAGUACGUUCGACCCUCAGAGGGCGGUGAUGUGAUUAGUACAAUAUUGAGAAGAGAAGUAACCUAUGAUCAGAAGCAAGGAACCUGUGCUGAGCAUUUCAUGGUUGCCAAUGCCAACUGUACAAGAGACAGUGACUGUGUCCAGGGGGAGGUUGACUUUGACGGCCAUGGAAGAAGGACCGGCAGAUGUGUUCAGUACUACAACCACACCUUCAAAACUUGCGAGAUCCAAACAUGGUGUCCUAUUGAGCGGUACGCUGUUGUAAGAGAACCGGCAUUAGUGGAGGCCAUCAAUUUUACAGUGUUCAUCAGGAACUCUAUCCACUUCCCCGGAUUCAAAGUGCUGAGGGGAAAUAUAAAAGAUAUUUCAAACCCAAAGGAAAUGCGGAGAUUCCUCAACAAGUGUCAUUAUGAUAAGGAGACUAACCCGUACUGUCCAAACUUUCGCCUGGGCUACAUCGCAGCUCAAGCUAGGGAGGACUUCAGUGAACUCUGCAAGACUGGAGGAGUGAUUGGGGUUUUCAUUAACUGGAACUGUAACCUGGACCUGGAUUAUUCAUAUUGUCAACCAACGUAUUCCUUCCGUCGUCUUGAUCUUCGAAAGGACCAGGCCAGCUCUGGUUACUAUUACAGGUUUGCCAAAUACUACAGUAGAGAAGGGGUAGAGUCCCGGACGCUCAUUAAGGCCUACGGCAUCCGUCUGGAUGUCAUAGUUCAUGGACAAGCUGGUAAAUUCAGUCCCAUCCCAACCAUCAUCAGCACAGUGACUGCCAUGACUUCAGUUGGCAUUUGUACCAUUAUCUGUGACUGGAUCAUGCUGACGUUUAUUGACAAGAAUGAAGUUUACAGUGACAGAAAAUUUGAUGAGGUCAUCAAGGAGCCAACAGUGCCCAAAGCCCCAGAGCUCGGCUUCAUCAACAGCUACGGCUCAAACCACUCAGACCUGUCGGACGGUGUACAGCUGUAAAGUCCACCGUUGCCUCAGUCUUCGCUGGCCCAGAGUCUGGAAUCUCCUCCAUCAGCUGACUGCGGCAACAACAGCAAAUCCGAGCGCCUCCUCAGACGUCUGCAGCAGCUCAGUUAUGGGCUGCCAGUGGUUGCUGUUGUUAUUGGGAACAAACAGUGACAGAGGGCAUCAUCUGAAAGACAUCUCGUCCUCUCAAAGUCCCUGUCUGUGCAGUGGAUUCAGCUCAUAUAUCACACCCUGAUGGACCCCAACGUACGACAAUGCAAUUAGUAGUUUCUAUUUCACUUGACCUGACUUGCAUCAACACCAUUUAGACAAUGUGUCUAUUAAAAAUAAACUAAAUCAUUUCAUAGCUGAGAAAAACCUUACAA